UUCAAGUAGCGAGUGUCGAUGAGAUAACGAUCAUUGCCAAUCAACAGUUUGUGUAAGAAGCAAGAGGAUAUUUUAAGGGCCUCAAAACGCUCAGAAAACGAAGGUACGUCUUUAAACUAAGUAGUAGUAGCAUUAAAAUUGUGAAAACGACCUUAUAAUUUCGAAUUUUAGACUCUCACUAAGGAGGCAGUGUUUCUCAAUACUGAAUCACAUGAUUUGCAUUCUAUGGAUGAACACGAACGGAGUGUUAUUCAAAUCAAUGAAGCAGAAUUUCUCGUACAGAAGAUAGAAAUGCUAAUUUGUCUUCGCCAAAAGGAAUCUACUCCAAUUCGGAUCCUUGCAUGCUUCAAAAGAUCACGCGCUGGGAGGCAUGCUAUAUAUUCUCCAUAUCAAGGAAAGUCAACUCGUUUUUUUUAAAAACCUCAAGGUAAGGAGUCUAAAAUGGAGCCUCAUCCAUUUUUAUGUCCAUGGCUGCGAGAUCCCGCAGUUAACAGCAUAAAAGGAUAAACGGGUGCAAUGCAAAUUAUACUAUUUUGGAUCUACUACAACUGAUCCCAUUCAGAACAUCGUUUCUUCGUUAGUUGGCAUGUUGGUCGGUCUAGAGCUGGAGAUCAGGUUUUUGUGUCAUAAAGAGGUGAUCUUCGCAGUAAAUCAACCCACCAAUAGCAAAGUGAGCAAUUUAAUUUGAACAACAAAUGUAAAACAAUGAAAUUUUACGUUUUCGACUGCAUGAAGUAUCUCCAAUUUCCUGGAACUUGGAGACACUUCCAUUUGAAUUUGACACGAAUGGUCUCGAAUGGGCAAGAGUUAACUGUAAUAUACGUUAUUCAGCAACAAUCUGAAAUCGUUCCGCAAAUUUUAAUAACACCGCGAAUAUUAAAUUCUAGACAUGCACAAAUGCUACUUCAUCAUCAAGCAGACAUAUUAGGACUUCGAGUUUUGUGGCUCAAAAAAACAUGUACUUUUAAAUGUUUAAUGUUAUCAUAUGAAUCCGCAGUUUCUAUCCAACCUAAUCAUUUUUCCACCAUAGAACGCAAGUUAAUAUGAUUUUAUAAACGAAACCUCAGCAGCUAAGGGUGCUUUUGAGAGACUGAGGUGUCUCUGUGGUGACCUGUUUACCUUAAAUAAUCGUUAAUUUGACUUUGUUUGAUAAAAUCUUUAAGGAAACAAUUGAAAAGAUAAUAAAAUAUAAAUUGCUUUUGAGGCUAUUUAAUUUAAAAAGUUUAAACAUCUUUUUGCUGCCAUUCAACCAACUAAUGUAACUUAUAUCGAAAUAUCUUUUGAGAGUAUUAAAAGAGUUAAUAAACAAAGCAAAGUCACGUGACCACAGGAAAUAUUAGCUUAGCUCAGGCAAUAAUUCGUCAUUUCAACAAUCACAGGUGGGAGGUCAAACGUCUAACCCAAGGACAGACCAGUUAGACAGUCAUGCAGCAGAUAUCUUCUGAUCAGCCACAGGCAGUGUCUGAAGCACAGUCACCCAUGGGGCAACAAGGCUAUGUCCCCACUGGACAACAAGGUAACGUCCCCACUGGACAACAAGGCUAUGUCCCCACUGGACAACAAGGCUAUGUCCCCACUGAACAACAAGGCUAUGUCCCCACUGGACAACAAGGCUAUGUCCCCACUGGACAACAAGGCUAUGUCCCCACUGGACAACAAGGCUAUGUCCCCACUGGACAACAAGGCUAUGUCCCCACUGGACAACAAGGCUAUGUCCCCACUGGACAACCUGUCCAUUCCGUUCCAGGCCCUGGUGUCCAUGUGCAGCCCUCAGUGAAUCCACCUAUGGCAGGGCGGAUGGACAGAACCUACCUGAAAACUAUCCUGGGUGGCUUGAGAAUUUUUGAGUUUGUAAGUAGUUAAAGGAUAUGAAGGGGUUUUAACGAAUGAUAUCGGAUUAGCAGGGGUUUUGAUUUAAAACUUUGCUCGAUGUCUUCUUAGAAUUCUCAACCAACACAUUUUUAUGUUAUUUCCAAACUUUAAAUCAAUCACUUCCUAACAUUUUGGAAAAUUAAUGUUAAGAUAGUUGUUUCUUUAAUGAAGUAUGCAAUGAAAUGCAUUUGACCUACAAAUGUAAUGUUGACGAGUAUCACAUGGAUCCUUAUAGGUUAAGGUCGCGCAUCGAGAUACUCUCUUUCUAUGUAAGAAUUCAUUAGGAAGCCUUGUUGGAACACCACUUGUGGUGCUCUUGCCCUUCUCCAUCUUUGUACCAACGAUCAAAUAGUGAUGGUCAUAAUCAUUGUUCACGAGCUUACCUUGUCCUCUUACACAGAUCCUCUUGUUAAUCGCCUCGGCAUGUGGUAUUGUUUACUCAAACCGUACUUUCGGUAUGGAUGGUCGAGCAACGUUUUUCGCAGGAGUCUCCACAUUUUGUUGGGUAAUGGUGAUAGUCCUCCAAAUUGGGUUUAUGCUUGGCAUCCACAAAGACCAGCGAUACUUCAAGACACCAUCAUAUUCCACACUGAUAGUGAGUAUUGCAACCAAUUCAUUCCGAUAAUUCAUGGAUGUGAUACUCAUAUAAGGCCGUUUCCAAGAUGCCCAAAGACUCUCUGCGAAAACGGGUCAGUGUUCGUGGGUAGCCUCUGAAAGGUGCUGAGACGAAAAGCAGCCUCAUUCUUGUACUUCCGAUACAAAUCAUUUCACAAGAACGGUUUUGUACUCUUGACUUUUGGAACUCGGAGUGGUAUUUCAUAUCACUGAUCGGGUAAAGGGACAUUUAGCACUAUCUAGAAAAAUUCACUGGGAAAUGGCCAUCAAAGUGAGUGAGGAUAAAAACAUAGCAGCUAAAAACUUUGAAGGAACAUUUGGCCAACUAAGUAAUUACUUAAAAAGACUCUCGUAUAUUAAACCACAGAUUAUUAACACGAAUUAAAGAACUGUUGAAGGCUGGACACUUGACUAUCUCAGUUGCACAAAAUAUACAACCAGUCACGCGGCAGAUAUAUUGCCUUGUACUCAAGAUGUCUGACUCUUUCUCAGGCUUCUCCCUCUUUGAAACGAGGUUGUGAGGCUGUGAUAUUGACGUUUAGGUGGCAGACGACAUGUUGUUGCUCUUCUAUUAUUUAUUACUGGCAAUUGAAUGUUUAAAAUCAAUCUUUUUCUGCUCUAACAAGUCAAAAACACCUGUUCUUUUCCCACAGGUUUUAGCUGUACAAGUCCUCAUGGCCAUACUUCUCAUCGCCAGCACUACAAGCCUGGCUAUGCCCGCUGUCGAAUGGUAUAAAGUUCACAAAGAUCACCUAGAUCAAUACGGUAGAAGCAUGUCUACUGACGGCGUGAACGUUGGAAUGCUCUUUUGCGCCUUGGUACGUUAUUUUACUUUUUUCCCUAAAUUUUCUUUUCCUAUCGUCUUGGUGAGCAGAAAGAAUAAAUCAGGCAGAGUGUCCUGUUUUCUGACGAAUGACGAAUGGAUGCACUAGCGAAUCCAAGGGGUGGGUCUCGGGAACCACCGGGAGGGAAGGGGGGGGGAGGGGUGGAGAUUUUGGUAGUGUCACAAUAACAUUUACCUGAUCCACCCCUAAGGCUCAGAAGUAUUCUAACCCUCCCCCCUUCUCUAUUAUACUCUCUUAGCGACGACUAAUCCCUCCUUCGCUCCCUCUUUACCCUUCAACUCCCAUGAGUGACCAAGACAGAAUUUCUCCUUACAAUAUCAAUAAAAUAUCAAGCAGACAAAUGAUUAGAAUAAAGAAAAAUAUCAAUCAGGGGAUUAUUAGUUGAUCCAAUAUCAAAUUCUCCAAACAAACAUCACAACAACUUUAUGGCAGACAGUAAGGAAAAUUACUGAUGAGAUCAUGGGAGUUAAAGGGUUAAAACCAGGUGAUCUUCCACAAACUCCAACGACCAUGUUAUGAAAACCGGAAUAUGCUCUCGCAAUAUUAUUUGGCCCAUAAUUUUGAAAGAUUGAACACAUAAAAAACUUACAAACACAUAGCAAGCGGUAAAAUUACAGCUGGCUCAAUUGACAAAAAGUUUUUCUCUCUUCUUUUUGCAGGUGGCUGGUGCGUUGACCUGUGUGGCUUUCCUGGAAGACAUCCCACAGCUAACAAAGAUGUACAGAACACAAAGAGCAAAGGAAAUUGCUGCGGCUAAUACCCAAUAGCCUCUUAACUGACCUUCAACCGCGGUAGCCUGGAUCAGCAACAACGCAGCCCGUCUACAAAACUUUUCAGAAGACAGCUUUGUUUGAAAGCGCGUCCUCAGCUUUGAUUGAUUUUUGUGGGUUAGCUGCAAAAAAAAGCAAAAAAAAAAUGUUAUAGAGAGCUGCCGUAUUGAAACGAUCCUGUAUUGAUUUAGUUCGUUUGUACUUGUCCUUUAUUCAUAUUCGACAUUUAUCAUGGUUAACCUUUUUCCGUAGCUAGAUUUUUUAACUUAAGUAUGUGGCAUUUAUCACCCCGAAGAAGCGAUAUCCGUAAGAGACAUACGAUCGU